CACAGGAGGAUCGAGGACUGCCUGCCCCCGCUGGAGGACUCCCCGUCCAAGCGGUUCUCCCCGUCCAAGCGGAAGCAGUAUUAUAUCAACAAGGCCAUCCGCAACUCCGACCUCAUCCCGAGGGCCAAGGGCCGCAAGAGCCUCCAGAGGCUGGAGAACACUCGCUACCUGAUGACACUUCUGGAGCGGGACGACUGUGGGAGCGACGAGGGAGAGCUCGACCACUCUGCCACCCCCAGCAUCUUCACCGAGGCCUGUAACAACGAGACCUAUGUGGAGAUCUGGAACGACUUCAUGAACCGGUCGGGAGAAGAGCAGGAGCGGGUCCUGCUCUACCUGGAGGAGGAGACCAGGAAGAAGCACAGGAGGAAGCUGCCUGUCAAGAAUGAAGACAAGUGGAAAGAGCUCCCGGCCUACACGCCCCAGGAGUGUUUCCAGCGCAUCAGCCGCCGCCUGCGCGCCACCCUGAAGCGGGGCCGGAUCCCCAUGGGGACGCUGGAAGGGCUGGAGGAGGAGCUGCUGGCCUUCUUCUCUGUCACUCCCCACUCGGUCUACACAGCGCUGAUGGACAACAGCUUCGAGCGGCUCCUGCUCCACGCGCUCUGCCAGUACAUGGAUCUCGUCUCUGCCAGUUCGGACAUCGAAGGGAAACGUCAGAUGAAAGUGAGCAACAAACACCGCGUGUUCCUGCCCCCCGAGCUGCUGCUCUCAGACUACCUGGGGCAGCUGAGCUGAUGCCCCGAGGGCCGCCCUGCCCCUCCUUCGGGCCUCCCCCA